GCUAUUAGCUGUGACAACCGCUUCUUAUGUCACUCAGAAAAUAGAAAAAGUUUUAAUUUAUAAAAAUUUAUUUAAGUUUUCUAUAUUUUUUAAAUUUCCUAUUAAAAUAAUUGCAAAAACCACAAUUUCUUCGCAAUGGCAACUUACAACAAUCCACAUUGGCUCCUAUCCCACAUCCGCAACUCCUUCAUCUCCACAGACGACACAGGUAUGUGCGAAACAGUGAUGCUGAGCGAUGACCUCCCAAAGCAGUACUUGAAAAAGUUCCAAACGCCUCAGCAGCAGCAGCGUUCGACGAUCAAAAAAGUGGGAGCCAAGAAUAAUCCCCGACCGCCCGAGAGUGCUUUGAGUGAAGUGGAUUUUAUUUGCUAUCCGGGCCUCGAUCAGAGCGAUGACGAAGACAUGGACCUGGCAUCCCAAUCAUUUGACAUACAGAUGUACCCGGAAAUUGGGGCGCAUCGUUUUCGGUCGAACACAGCGCAGAAACUGGAAAAAAUGGACAUCGCCAGGCGGAAGGCCGCUCGAACGAAAUGCGUCAACUUCGAAGACCAGUCGACUGUGGGUGGCGAGAGGGCGGACCUAUUCAUCCGGAAGUCUGUUCCUAUGGUCGCAGACAAAAAGAACAGUCGUCUUUCCCAGGAGUUGGUGAACAGUCCCAAACAGACCACCAACAAGUUUGUGGAGUUCUCGAGAUUUGACGGAGCUGCCCACACGGGAAUGCAAACCAAACGCAUCAACGUCUUCAUCAACAUGCUCCCCGAGAAGGAACGCAACUAUCCCAUGAAGAUCUGCGUUCUGGCUAACGCGAAGAUCCAGGAAGUAAUCGGAUUUAUUUGCUACCGGUGCGUGAUUCAGUAUCCCGACAUCCCACUAAAGUCGAUACGCCACUAUGGGCUCUAUAUGACGGAAGACAAUGAUGACAUGGAAGACUUCCCCCCUCUGGACGUCCGAGAACCAUGUUCCAAGUUCGGCUUCAGCCACUUGACGCUAGCCGAACGUCGCCCGCUGGCUCAUAUCACUCGGGUCGACUACCGCUCGCUGUCUAUGACCUCCGAAGACGAGAAAGCGGGAGAGGCAGCCGUCCAUGACGUGCAUGGAAGCGGCGGAAACUUGGCCUGCUACGAGGAACGAAUGAUGGACCACAAUGACAUGAUCGACGCUCCAAUGUAUCGAACAUACAAACUCAACAUAAUAGACAAGCGCUUCUUCAAGUCCGAAGUGCAACUGGGCAUCUCCGGGGAACGCAUUGAAAUUGACCAACAGAAGAACUCCUCAAAGUUCUGGACCAAGCAAAAGGCGAUGACCUAUCCCAUCGACUGCAUCGCAUUCUGCGAAAUCGUAGAACGAAGACAGAACAAGUCGAUUGUGAGGAUUUGGAUUAAGCCUCAGGCAUCCGAUGGGUACUUAUCCGCCUCGUCCAAGCACGCUGCUCUGACGGCAAUCAGUGGCUCGCCCAACAGCCCGCAGCACUUCAACACCACCACAGCAUCGUCAACAUCAUCGUCGUCAUCCAGCGCUCCACCAGUCCGCUUCAAACACUACGACUUUGAGACAGAUCCCACGCAAGCUCAACGGAUCUUGAACAAGAUGAAUUUCAUCCUGGACGUGCGCUCCAGUGACACUCGCAGGGAGUUCCUAGCCGCACGGGAAAAGAAGCAGGAGAAGCAUGGAAAGAAAAAGAAUUGACCCUCGGCUACGAGGUGAUUGUGAAUUCUUUUCGGGGAUUUCCUUCGACGAUUCUGUGAUUUGUAUUUUUAAACUUUUUAAAUUAUAAAAAAAAACUGAAGGGAGUCUUUUUUGUCGUAUUCAAGAAAAAAGUUCUUAAAUCAAUCUUCAAUCAAAUAUUUGGUAUUAAUUUUAUGUAAUUUAACAAUUUAAGACACAAAAUCAUUAAAAUAAAUUGCAUUUCAUCCUCAUAAAAUCGUUAGCAUUAGAUUUUUUUCUUUGUUUUGUUUUAAUUUUAAGCAAUGGAUGUUGUCCUCCUAAUCAAUAAAUGAAAUCAUUUUUUAUUUCAGUGAAUUGUUCAUAGCUAUAGCCACGUAAUUUAUUUAUGAUUGACACGUACCGUUGGUUGUUCAAAUCAAAUUUAAACAAAAGUGUAAAGCUUACAUUAAACACAAUAAAUGAUUUUUCU